AUGUCCAAUGAUACGACAACGACAACGACGACAGGCGAAAUCGCGCCGCCGGCAGGCGUGACGCCCGACUUCACGGACCCUUCGCGCUACCUGCAGACUGCCAACCGCGUGGUGGUUAUUGUGGGCGUCACGGCUAGUGCGAUUUGUUUGUUGGUCAGGACGUAUACGCGCGUGGUUAUUAUGAGGAAGUGGAUGUUGGAUGAUGAUGGAUACACCGACGCAGGCCUCGGAAUCCACGAAUGGGAUCUCACAGCAGCCGAAUACAACAAAUCACUCCGAAUCCUCCUCGCUGGCGCCAUAACCUACAUCCCCGCCCUGGGCCUCUCCAAAAUCGCACUCAUCAUCCUCUACUACCGACUCUCCGACAUGCAACGGCGAUGGAAAACCACGCUGUGGACCAUCAGCAGCCUCGUGGUGCUGUACAUCCUGGUGCUGGACUGGCUGCUGAUCUUCGGGUGCAAGCCCAUUCACAAGGCGUGGAACACGACCGUCGAGGGCACCUGCAUCAGCCGCGCGGGCGUCUUCAUGGCGGGCGCGUCGGCGAGUAUCGUCACGGAUAUUGUGCUGUUGGUGAUUCCGUUGCCGAUUAUCGCGCGCCUCAAGAUGAAGAGUCGGAAGAGAUUCGGGUUGGCGUUGAUGUUUGGGUUGGGCGGGUUAUCCCUCAUAACAAGCGUCCUGCGUCUCGUCGCUAUCGUCCCCAUGCUCACCUCCGAAGAUCAAUCCUAUUUGCUUGGGCCUGUAUGUCUCUGGAUCAACGUCGAAGCCAGCCUCGUGAUAAUAUCCGCCUGCAUCCCCUCCUUCCGCCAAGUCUUCCGAUUCCACGCCUCGGCAUCCUGGAACGACAGCAGCGGCCGACGCGAUCGGGCGUCCAGUCGCUCGAAUCUCCGCAGUGCGCAGUGCCGCCGCGAGGGCUUCACGAAUUUGAGUAUUGAUGGCGAGGGGGACAAUAGAGAAGAUAAGGUGCUUUGGAACUUUGGAUCUUUGGUAAUGGGUUUUAGUGGGGAUUGGGGAUUGAGUAUAGUAUUGGGGUUGGAUGGGGUAGAGUGGAGAUGUGGGGAGAGUAGAGAUGGGGAGAGUAGAGAAGAGUAG